ACAGAGCCACACGCAGCCCGGGGAUGCGGGACUCUGCAGUAGCACACAGAGCAAAGAGGGUGGCAGUCUGUCCUCCAACCAGCACCGGGCUUUGACUUCAAGAGUUCAAGUCGAACCCGCUCGGCUGCUGGCGCUGCCACUGAGCAGAAGAAGUGCCCACCACUUGGCACCCAGAGAAGUACCGACAAGGACAUUGGAUUCCUAUUUUACACACUUCCAGACGUCAACUGGCGUCAUUUCACCUGCUUUCUCCGGACAGGGACGCGCGGUGUCCAGGGUGGCCGGAGAGUGGACACAAGUAGUGACUGUCCAUCAGGAGGGAGCCGCCGACCCCCCGCGCCUUGCCGCGGCUCUGCUGCACUUUUACUCCAACAAACUCCGCUCCCUUUUCGGCUCUUUUCUGACAGAUGGUGUGAACGCGGCGGAAGGUAGAACCGGACUACCGCCCCUCGCCACCAGAAGAGAGGCGCGCCACCACGUUGGCACUGAACUCCGACCGACGACCCGGCCGCCCAGCGCUACGCCACGGCCGGUCACCGCAGAGCGCAGGAGCCGCUGCUCGCUGGAGGGAGAUCCACCGCGCAAGGGUCAAUUCAAAGGGCCACAUUUGGGGCCAGUGCAGAGUGGUCAGUUUGGAGUGGCCAGCCAGCGGACGGUUUUGGGGGCCAGUUUGCGGCCGGUAUACACAAGCAGCAGGAGGAGGAGAGCCGACCCUUCCAGUGCCGCUCUCCGGGCGAUGCCAGUGUAAAUGCCAGGGCGAUGUCCCGACGCAAGCAGGGGAACCCGCAGCACCUGUCCCAGAGAGAAAUCACACCAGAGGUUGAGCUCCCAGAUGGCAGCCUGCUCUCCGACUCUCUAUCCCUCCACCCGCUCCGCCUGCCCUCUCACCCACUCGGCCUACCUCCACACCCGUUGGACCCUAGUCUGGCCCACGCCCUGCCGCCCGGUCUACACGUCGACCAUGACUUGCUGACCUGCGGCCAAUGCCAGAUGACCUACCCGCUGGGGGACAUCCUCCUCUUCAUUGAGCACAAAAAGAAGCAGUGCCAAACACCGCUGCUGGCCAAUGGCUGCUAUGACAAGAUGAGCCAUCGGGGAGGAGGAGGAGGAGGAGGGAGUCCAACUCUUCAGAGCCUUCAUCACCACGCGCAGCGGGGGGAGCUGAGGAAGGUGGUGAAGCCGGUAGAGAUUGGCAUCCAGGUGACACCAGAGGAAGAGGAGGAGGAUGUGGGAAGAGGUGGGAGACGAGAGAGGACGCCCAUCAAAGGAAUUUGCCCGAAGCAGGAAAACACAACGGCAGGUGGCAGAGAUGAGCCUUCUAGCUAUAUAUGUACCACAUGUAAGCAGCCCUUCCCCAGCGCCUGGUUUCUGCUGCAACAUGCCCAAAACACCCACGGCAUUCGCAUAUACCUGGAGUCCAACCCCUCCAGCACGGCCCUCACACCGCGCAUCGCUAUGCCUCCACCCAUGGGUAACAACUCCAUCCCGCAAACCCCGCUCAGCAACUUUCUUGGGGACAACAACCCUUUCCACCUUCUGAGGAUGACGGGCCCCCUUCUCAGGGAGCCCCCUCCAGGCUUCAUGGAAAACCGGCUCCCCAACACGCCUCCAUUCAUCAGCCCGCCUCCCCGCCACCACCUGGACCCCCAUCGGCUGGAACGCCUUAGUGCAGAGGAAAUGGGCCUCAUCUCACAGCACCCUAGUGCCUUUGAGAGGGUGAUGCGGCUAACACCUAUGGCCAUGGAGUCCCAGUCCAUGGAUUUCUCCAGGCGCUUACGUGAGUUGGCGGGGAACAACAACAACACCACACCACCAUUGUCACCCAGUAGGGCCAACCCUUUGCACCGACUACUGAACCCCAAUCCUUUCCAGCCUGGGCCCAAAUCACCUUUUCUGAGCACCCCUCCCUUACCGCCAAUGCCCCCAAACAGCACCACUCCUCCCCAGACACAGAACAAGGUCAAGUCUUGUGAGUUCUGCGGUAAGACCUUCAAGUUCCAGAGCAAUUUGGUGGUGCAUCGGCGCAGCCAUACUGGAGAAAAACCAUACAAGUGCCAGCUGUGUGAUCACGCCUGCUCUCAGGCAAGCAAGCUGAAGCGCCACAUGAAGACUCACAUGCACAAGGCUGGAUCCCUGACGGGGCGCUCAGAUGAUGGACUGUCCACCACAAGCUCCCCAGAGCCAGGUACCAGUGAUGUCACAGGUGAGGGCAUGAAGAAUCGUGACGGGGACUUUCAGGGGGAAGGCAAUGAAGAUGAAGAAGAGGAGGAGGAAGAAGAGGAACUUGAGAAUGAGAGUCGACCAGAAUCCAACUUCAGCAUGGAGUGUGAGUUCUUCCGUAACAGAGAGAAUGGCUCUAAACUGCCAUCAGAGGAGAAGUCCUCACUCGCGCUUGAGAAGAUGGUGGUUGGUGGGGGACUCAACUCUAUACAGCAGUACAAUAAUUUGAUAGUUGACAAUCGUAAAAGGAUGCCGUUCUCUAAGAGGGGCUUGGAUGGCCGGCAAGACACUGGGGAUGAGGACUCAGUUGUUGGGGAGAUGGACCACCACCAACAGGAAGAGAGGACAACCAUGAACGGUCGGAACUGUGGCUCCGGUGACUCGUUCUCAGGCCUGUUUCCCCGUAAGCCCACCCCUAUCACCAGCCCCAGCCUGUCCAACUCCUCAAAUAAAAGAAUCAAGAUUGAGAAGGACUUGGACAUUACCCCAACACCCCACAUCCCCUCUGAGAACGUCUACUCCCAGUGGUUAGUAGGCUAUGCUGCCUCACGCCACUUCAUCAAAGACCCAUUCCUAGGCUUCACUGACUCCAGACAAUCGCCCUUUGCCACCUCAUCUGAGCACUCGUCGGAGAACGGCAGCCUGCGGUUCUCAACACCUCCGGGCGACCUGCUAGAUGGAGGCCUGUCAGGCCGCAGCGGCACCGCCAGUGGAGGCAGCACACCUCAUCUGGGUGGAGGUCCAGGCCGGCCUAGCUCCAAGGAUAGCCGGAGGAGCGACACCUGUGAAUACUGCGGCAAGGUGUUCAAGAACUGUAGCAACCUGACAGUGCACCGGCGCAGUCACACUGGUGAGAGGCCCUACAAGUGUGAGCUGUGCAACUAUGCCUGCGCUCAGAGCUCCAAGCUCACACGCCACAUGAAGACACAUGGCCAGCAUGGCAAGGAAGUCUACCGCUGUGACAUUUGCCAAAUGCCCUUCAGCGUGUACAGCACUCUGGAAAAACAUAUGAAAAAGUGGCAUGGAGAACAUUUGAUGACCAAUGAGGUCAAAAUUGAACAAGCAGAGAGAACCUAAACCAGGUUACCUGUUUCCAUACUCUGCGCCACACUUUGACAAAAAAAAAUAAACAAAAGGGGUAGCUGGAUACUCUUUUUCUGAAAUGUUAAUUUGGGGUUAAUUUUCUGUUUUUAAGAAACUGCCAACUGAGAAAAAAAGUGAAAACAGAGAUCUUAACACCAAUUGAAGCUGUCUAAACUGCCUCAUUUGGGGUUCCUUUUUAAACAAUCAGUCAGUUGAGUUAUAACAUAUGUGGAGCCUUUAACUGUGCAAUAAUUUCUGUAUUUAUUGGAUUUUGGCAUGUGCAGGUACAAUAUUAUUUAGAAUUUCUUUUUUUGUUUUUUUUUACUUUGAUUUUGCAUUACUGUGUUAAAACCACAUGAUAUCCUGAGAGUUUUUUAGAAGACAAAAGUCAAUUUUGAGUAAUUUCUUUUGGCGGCUGCUUGUAGGAAAUUGUAUAGUACGCUAAAUGUGUGAUUUCUUGAAGAGAAUUUGAAUUCAAUCUUCAAUUUGAAAGUGGCGUUAACUGAGAAUGCUAGAAUUAGUCUAUUUUGUGUGAUGAUGAAACGCGGACAACAAUCCUUUGGCAUUGUAGCAUGAACUGAGUCUAAAACAUGUCAAUAUAAUUGGAUAUGUAGCACUGAGCGUCAUAUUUGACAGUAAACCUAAAAUCAAAGAGGAUCCCAAGGUUCAUAAACCCUGUCUCCUCCUGAGAACAUCAUUACCAGCCAGAAGAAACAGAUUCUAGAUAAGGCAGCUGCUGACUAGUAGGACAGCCAUCCCUCAUUUCUACUGCUUUCCAUCCCCCUCUAUUUUACCUACAUUCAUAGAUCCAUGUAUUAUAUUUUGCAUGAUGCCAUAUGAUCUAGGCUAUAUUAUUUAUUUGGAGUAAACUGAUCGUGAAGCCAUGCAAUACAAGUAUGCAUAGAGAUAGACAAUAGAAUGAGAAAAGAGAGUAAGCACAGGGACAUCUCAGGGUGAGCUAUACUAUUUUUCUUGAAUUAACUGUUCACUCCUAUGCUUCCAAAAGCAUUUACAUUUCAUAGUAUGUUGAAAUAUUUAGGGAUAUUUGUGUCCUCUAUGCCAUCCCUUGCUGCCCUCUACCCCCUACCAGGGCAAUGCCCUAGGUUGAACCUCAAUUCAAAGCAGUUGGAUUCAAUUUAAAUUUGAAGUCACAUCCUAUCAGAUUUUGUCAAGAUUUAUGAAAAUCAACUUCCCUAUGCAUUUUUUGUGCUAAAAUAUCUUACAAUUUGUUUAAAAAGUACGGUACAUUUCGAGUGGUAUUGCUAUAGUAAUUCUAUAAUUGUACAAUCUGAUCUCCAGGAAUAGAAGUGUCUCCAUUAGUUGUGGGACAGGAAAUAUAUACAUCAGUGUGUGCUGAAGUAGUAAUAGUAGCAGCAUCAGCUCACUCCAUGCCCCUUUUUUUCAUAACCUCAAUUUUCUUUCGGCCCCAUCCACCUUCAUAGUGGCACUCUUCUUCUUUUUAAUCAGAUUUAAAUCAGAGCUUUUAACAACAGACCUGCACUUUAUGAUUUUCCCGUCCGACACACACACACAGAGAGCUGGACAUAAAAGGUACUGAAGGGUCUAGAGCUUGGGAUCUCCUGACGCUAGUGCCCAGGGUUGAUAGGCUUUCCCAAUGUUGGCACUAAAACAAUUUAUUUGGGACAGUUUUUGUACUGCCUUUCAAUUUGACAUGAGUGUGCCUUGAAUAAUGAUCUUCCUAUUUAGUAUCUAAGACAAAUGCAACCCUUUUUAUGAAGCAUCAAAUUGAACAAGAAAAAAAGAUAAAAUUGUGUUAACUUUAACUUUUCACAGAAAUAUUAAAAUCAGUACAAAUGAAACAAUGCUGAGUUUGGAUUUACGAGUACUCGGCACAAUAUCAGUGUGUCUGUGUGUGUAUAUAUGUAUGCAUAUGUACAUAUAAAGGCACAAACCUAUAUAUAGAUAUACAGUAUAUCAAAUUCCUCACUCAUAAGGACAAGAGUCUGUCCCACAACAGAAAAUUCCAGGAGUGGACAGAAGCCACAAAAAAAGUAAAGGAAGAGACUCGACAAAAAUCAGGAAAUGCAGAAACUAAAAAAAUAAUUUAGUGCACUCUGUCUUAAAAUAAGUUUACAGUAUUGAAACAAGUACAAGGGUAAAAUAAUAUUUGUGUGUAUGUGUGUUUUAAACAAACAAGUAUUUUUUUUCCAGGUUUGCUUAUAAAGUUUUCUCUGAAUGCCGUAGUGGCAAUGUGUAUAUUUUUUUCAUUUCUUUUUUCAUUUUUUUGGUGACGGGGUUUUAGUAUAUAUAUAAAUAUAUAUGAAUAUAUUACAUUUUUCUUGUUUACUGUAAAAGUAUACCAGUAUUUGUAAUAUUGGAGAAUGCCUGGGCAUUUUACAAAAAUAGAAAAAAGGUUGUUUUUUAAUUUUUUAUUUUGCAGUCCAAUUAAAUUGUGGGUCUCUUAAACUGUUUUUGUCACUGUAACUGUAAAAGUCUUAAGUUUUAGUAACUUUUAUUCUGCCUUGGGUGUAAUGAAAUAAAAAAUAAACGAAUUAAAAAAUGACUGAGCUGUAACAAACUUGGAUUUGGUGGUGGGAUGGCUCUUGGGGUAGGGGUACGGGUGGAGGGAGGGGUUUCUCCUUUAGAAACAACAGAAUAUUGGUUCUGCUUUUCAGGAAAAACACACUGAGAAUCCUGACUUGUAUCUAUUUUUCUUCUUCUGGAAUGGAUUAUUCUUCUUGGAUGGUUUGAAAUACAUGUGUCGGCACUUGCUGUCUUUCCUAAGGAGCUUGUCUUUUUUUAACUUGUGGGCUAUGUGCAUCCUUUUGUGAAUAGGGUACUCUGAGUACCUCGGGACGUCUUGUUCUUGUAUUGGGUGCACGAGGACAGUGACUUCAUGCCAAUGACAAGAUACAAUUUACAGGCUGCCAUUAGCUAUUUUUCCUCUCAUUGGGCAGGAUAGAUAACCUGAUGAAUUUGUACUAUUGUAAUGAAUCACGUUGUACAGAAGGGGAUGUUUGACGGCCUUUUAGUGACAAAAACACAAGUCAAUGUUUUGUUUACCACUCUAUUGGUUGUACAUAGUUUUCUAUGACUACGCUGUUUUUAUUUUAUUUAAACUCUUUUUCCUUUCUUUUAUUUGUUUGUGAUUUCUAACUGGC